AUGUUCGACGCACUUAAUCGCAAAUUGCCAAAUCAAGGACUUGCUCCGGAAUGUAAUGACUUCAAGGUGUUGAAGGAUUCGUUGCAAUGGCUGAACAACUGGGAAACUGCAAUGGUGAAAAAAGAAAUCAAACCCAAUGAGUUUCUCACUACUACAACAUCGAGAGGGCUUCGGAUCACGCUCCAAUCUACACUACAUAUGUGCCGCUAUCUUAUCGAGAAAUUUAACUUCGACUACUUAUUGACUGGAAAAGUCAACCAAGACAAUUUAAAGAAAUUCUUCGGCACGAUAUGCCAGUCUGCGGGAUGUAACGAUCACCCGAACUGCCCGACAUCCCUCCAGCUUUACAAACUUUUGUCCGUAUACAGCGUAAUCAAACCUCCAAAAUUUAGCAAUUGCACUGUAUCUGAUGACAGAUUGCCAUCAAAUUUGAUUAAAAUCAGCGAUUUAAAAGCCGUAUUCGGUGAAAAAGGUGAGGCCAAAAGUUCCAUGUAUUUUCGAGAGAUUCAGAAGAAACUUGACACAGUUUUGGAGUACGAAAAUUGGGAGGCCGACGAUCUCAUUGAAGACUACGAUCUUAUUACUGCCCAUGAUUAUGAUCUAUCCCUUAUUCUUGAUUACAUAAUUUAUUAUGUUACAGGUUUUUAAUUUUAACAAAGUUUUUCCGCUUUGCACUAAAACCUUUGGAUCCUUAACGCAUACUAACACUGCUUAUUUUUCUAUUAAUUUUCUGCCAUGCUUUGUUGUUUAUAGAUAUUUGUUUAUAGAUACUUCAUAUAGAGCUCUGUAGAGCUCUAUACGAAGA